AUGUCAACUGUCAUCAUAGGAGGAGGCAUAAUAGGAGUCUCAGUCGCAUACUAUCUGUCGGCGAGUAAACCAGGAGGCGAAAUUCACAUCAUUGAGCAGUCGCCAGAACUAUUCAACUCAGCGUCUGGAUAUGCAGGUGGCUUUUUAGCACGCGACUGGUUUGAGCCAGCCCUUAAUUCGCUCGGAGCCCUUUCAUUCGAUUUGCACCACCAGCUUGCCGCGGAGCACGGCGGUGACAAGAGAUGGGGUUUUAUGAAGGGGACUGCAUUUAAUCUGGAUACUGUGUCUAAUCAAGGAUGUGGCGGUGCGCGAGGAGAUGACUGGGUGCAUGAGGAUACUAGUCGAGCCGGGACGGCGGCUGCUAUAUGUCCCAUACCAGCGGAGUGGCCAACCUGGUUGACUAAACAACAAGGUGGUAUCCUUGAGCGGAUUAGCGAAGGGGAAACCGUGGCUCAAGUAGACCCGCUGAGGCUUUGCCGCUUUCUUAUCAAUGGAGCUACCUCGCGCGGUGUGAAAGUUCACAACCAAGCCAAAGCAACGAAGGUCACCAAAGAUGGCAAUGGGGUCAUUACUGGCAUUGAGAUCGUUGACUUGAAGUCGAAGAAAGAGUAUGAAAUCCCAUGCUCAAAAUUGGUUCUGAGCGUAGGUGCAUGGACACCGCAAGUCAUUCGGGAGCUUUUCCCUUCCAAUAAAACAUCUUUUGGUCUCUUGCCACUGGCUGGAUAUUCUCUAGUUGUCCGCUCACCACGGCAUACACUGGACCACGAGAAAAUUACACACGGCGGACGAAGCCAUGCAAUUUUCACAACCCAUCCGCCAUCAUGUGGGUUCAGCCCGGAGAUAUUCACUCGGGAAGGGGGUGAAAUUUAUAUUGCAGGAUACAACCCUCACCUAAAGCUUCCAUCAUGUGUGGAGGACAUUUAUGCACUUCGGGAUCCAGCAGAGAUGCAAAAACUGAAAGAUGUUGCAGUCCGCUUGAUGGGUGAUCUCCCGAAAGAGUCUUCGGGAUCUACCGGUGAUGUGACCAAUAUGGAUGAUCUGGAGAUCCUCCGUGAGGGUCUUUGCUUCCGACCAGUCGGUGAAGAUGAUAUUCCUACCGUUGGACGAAUCAGAGACGCGUAUCUGGGUGGUGGUCUACGCUCCUCUGCUACAGGUGGCGUUUACAUUGCCACUGGACAUGGGCCAUGGGGGAUAUCUCUGUCCCUAGGAACAGGAAAGGUUGUCAGUGAGAUGAUUGUGGGACAGCGUACAUCUGCGGAUGUGAGUGGACUGCAUUUACGGUGA